GAACAUCACCGUUCUCACUUCGCUGCUUCUGUAAAGACAGAAAAACGGAACCGCUGCACAGCAUCUGUCAGCGGCGGAGGUGGGGAGCGGGGGCGGUAGGGAAGGGUGUCCUGGAAAACUUCCGUGUUUCCCACUGGCGCCCCGAAGAUCCACAGGGAGAGAAACGGGAUGAGGGGCUCGGUGGGCGCAUCUCUACGGUCAGAUCUCGGCAAGCCCGCAAGGCAUCGGGGCUGGGGCUGGGAAGGCUCCGGGAGACAGUGGCGGUGCGAUGCCAAACGCAUCUUGGGCGGCUCAAAGACCCACCGAGCGAGGGAGGGGCGUCCGGGGCAGUGUUUGUGGAGGUCACCCUGGAGACGGCCUGGGUGCGCACGGGGACUUCAAGACCGAGCGAGGCCGGAGGCAGCAGCCGGUCUUCCGCUGAGGCUGAUCCCAGGUCUAGGUGGUCCGGCCUGCUACCCUACGCAGAGCAGAGUGUGUGAUGAUGUCCGCUUUGGGUAAAGAUAAACUGUUUCCUGCACUGAAGAAAAGGGGGAGCGUGUGUUCCCCAAGUAAUCACGAGUUCCGACAGAAGGAAGGCUAUUGGCGCUCCAAACAUUCUGUCAGCACUGUGUCUCACGCCGAUGAGCCCAGCCAGCGUGAUGAAACCUCUCGCCUUACGGUUCGGAUGGAAAACACCUACCAGUUAGGUCCCACCAAACAUUUUCCCGUGGCCACUGUCAAUCGCAUUUUGGAAGAUAUACUAACUACGUAUCUACAAGGAGCAGAAUAUGAGCCAGAGUUCUGCAGAGAGAUGACUAAAACAAUCUCUGAGGUUAUUAAAGCCCAGGUCAAGGAAUUAACGAUUCCCCGGUAUAAACUAAUUGUGACUGUUUACAUCGGACAGCAGGAUGGCCAGAGCAUACAUAUUGGCAGCAGAUGCCUCUGGGAUCCUCAAAACGAUACCGUUUCAUCCUAUACUUUCAAAAAUUCUACUCUCUUUGCACUUGCAAAUGUCUACGCAGUUUACUUUGAGUGACUGAAAAUGAGAGACUUUAAAACGUCCUGGCAUUUUAAAAUCAUGAAACAGGCUGUUUCUAGCCACAAAAGUUCUACUCCUAAAACCUGAGAAAAAGAACAAGAUGAAGAUUUCAAACAACUGGAAGCUUCCGUCACGCUUGUGAGGACUGGUGGAAAAGAGGGGAGCCCAAGAAAAAAAAAUCCUGUUUAUUCAGAACAGAAGUCACAUAAACACGGAUGCUGAGUAAAUAUGACUUUGGGUACUAAUUAUUUUGAUUUGGUUUUUAGUUAGAGAGGUAGAAUCUCCUGGACCACUCUUUGAUAUAGUUCUUGAAACAUAUGGCAACAUAUUCUGGCUAUAUAUCACAUAAGACAGCAUAAUUCCAAGCGGCACACAGAAAUGAUGAAUGCGAAUAUGCUUCAGCGCUGCAUAUGCAAUGAUACUGGUUUUCAUUUUACAUUUAAUAAAUUGAACAGCAUUCAUUAGCUGCAAUUACUGUUACGCGUACCUGUCACCAGUUGAAAGUGCUGAGAUAGAAUUAAUGAUUUCAUAAUAAUUACCGUGGUCCCAUGGGACCGCUGGCUAAAUCUAGACGCUCUUGUGGGUUGCCUGCACUUUACAGAAUUACAAGAGAACUCAACAUUGGCUCUUCAAUAAUGGAAACUAUAAAGUGAAUACAGGCUUUUAAGGACACUAAAGUAGACAUUGUGCUAUUAAAUAUACAUGAUGCUUAACAGUAAAUGUGCCUGUAGCACCUAAGAUCAUGCACACUCCCGUGUGCCUUUGACUAGCUUUUCCUGACCCAACUCUUACCCAGAAUACAAAGCUUGGCUGCUUAACAAAUAAAACAUGUGUGUUUA